GCCGAGAAAGAGGCUUUUCCUUGCUUUCUUAAUUUUUUACAACUUCGGACAUUCCGCUAGCUUGUGUCAUAUUUUAUAUAUAUCUUAAACACACCUCUCUCUUUUGCUUCUUACUUUUUUCUUACUACUUUUACUGCGUCUCUUCGUGGCUAGCUCCCCCUCAACCGGCCCGUCUAUUGUAGUGCUAUCAUCUGACCGACGACACCCGCGGCCCGCCUCAAACAUACACUACCCACCGCUUGUCACCACCACCACCACAACCACCAGGUCAUCAUCACCAGUUCAUCCCACGCACACACAAAACUGCCUGGGAUUAACCAACCAAUCUCUUCUCUCUAGUGUCCUUCUUCACAAUGGACGUCGCCUACAACCCGCACGCUGAGCGGUCCCGCCGCAAGAACCGCUCCUCCACAAACGUCAACCACCUCUCGCUCGCCCCCCUCACAUCCAAGCUACCCAUCCGCGACGCCGACGCCCUGCCCGUCGACUCGGCCAUGCCCCCCUCGUACUUUGAAGGCAAGUCGGCGCCCACCACGCCGCGCUUCAUCACCCACACGCCCGCAACCCCCCGUUCGCGCUCCCAGCACCGCCGCACGCCCUCGGCCCCCGACGGCCUGCUCAAGAGCAAGUCGGCCUCGCACCUCGCCGCUACAAAGAAAGCCUCCCGCUCCGGCACAUCGACGCCCAAGCGCCGCCGCGACGAUAUCCUCCAGGCCGCCCGCCACGCCAACGACAGCGACUGGAUGCUACGCACCGGCGCCGUCGUGAGCACCGAGGCGCGCGAGUUCAAGGGCCAGGCGUGGCUCGUCUCGCGCCAGAGCUCUACGAGUCUCGCUGCCUACCGCGAUCCCAAUGACGAUCCGUUUGAGCAGGAGCUGAUGCGUGAGCGCGAGAUGGUGCGUCGCGGAAGCUCGGCGUUUGGCGAUGACGAUACAACGUCGCCUGUGGAGAGCAGACAUCAUAGCCGCUUUGCGAGCCGCCACCAUAGUAUUACGGAGCGCGAGCGUAGCAGUGCGCUGCAGACCCCGCUGCAUAGCCAUGGGAAUGGCGAGAGUUAUUUCCCAGAGGCGAUCUCUGGACCGGAUUUUGUUAAUCUGGAUGAGAAGCUGGAGGAGCUGGAGCGCGAUACGGAUAAGGAUGAUGAGGCGGCUAUUCGCAAGUUACUCCGUGAUGGACAGACGGGCAAGGGAUCGUGGUUGACCAACAUGAUUGCGUUUAACUUGUUCCGUGUGGAUGAGCACGAUGACAGUGACGAGGAGGAUAGUGAUGACGAAGAGGAUGAGCAGCCUAAGACGGGUAUGCAAACGCCUCGUGUGGGUGAUGGUAUUACGAUGUUGCCUGCUACCACGAUGCCGCUGCCGUCCAAGGGCGAUGGCGCGUGGAGUGAUGCUGCAUGGCUGUUGAGUGUCGCUUCCAAGGUCAUGUUUUAAAAUGGCGCGACAACAGGGUUUAGUUGUUGUUUGCCUCUGGCGUUAUAUUGGGGGGUAUUACAUGUUAUCCGUCUAUAUUCAUUCUCUUGGGUUUCAAUCACUACAUAGUCUCAUCUCCUUAUCAUGCCCGUUUUGUCGACGAGUAUCCUCCUCACCAAUAGCUAUGAAACGCAGGUUCUAGUUCUAACAUGUAUAGAUGAAUUUAUAGCAGCUAUAGACAGGUUGUUCUGUCCUAAACUCCUACUACAUUUUUACCGUGUAUAUGCUCUUAGCUCUUUGGUGAAACGGACACUUGCUGAUCUGGCCGCCAUUCUGUCUGCUGGCACCUGGCACCUGGCUACCAUUCACCUCACCCAUUCUCAUCCUCUCGUAAAAGCUUCUCUUCUUCCUCUUUGCAAAGCUUUGGUAAUGCCUCCAUUGCAUCUACUCC